AUGACAUCACAGGCUCUGAGUUGGGGCCUGAUGCCAAAAACACCCCAAAAACAGUUCAGGAACAGACGGGUACAGAUACAUUUUGACACCAGCGACAGGUGACAGUCCAGUUGCUGAUGUUACAAAACCGAGGGUGCAGCCAGACUACUAGACUGCUGUCUGAAUUGAGGAACUCUAUAGGUAACAAUGAGACAGGCCACAGGACACAGCAGUGACAACCAGAGGAAGAAUGCAACUCAGGCUGGAUCUGUUGUGUUUCUCUCCAACCCUUUGAUGAGUGAUAUUGAGUCAGAUUGGUCCCCCAUUCAUGAUGCAGCCUACAAUGGACGUGUUCUCACACUGAGAAACCUAAUAGCUCAGGGAACGUGUGUCAACCUGGUCACUCUAGAAAGAGUCUCUCCCCUUCAUGGAGCCUGUCUGCAGGGACACACUGCCUGUGCCAAGUUACAGAUAGAAAAUGGGGCAAAUGUGAGUAAGGAAUUCCACUCUAUCUGCACCCUCUCUGGCUGAUUUUAAGACUCACACAACACAGGGUUGUAUACAUGUUUAUUGACAUGAGUUUGAUUGAAUUUAAUCACACAAGCGCCAUGCUCUACCAACUGAGCUACAA